AUGUUGUGUUGUGUGUGCGUGGUAAUUUGUGUUAAAUGCUGAUAGAAAGAAAAGAAAUUAAAUAAAUCAGGUACAAUUUGCGAUGAAACUAACAUAAAUGUGAAGAAACACGGUGUGUUGUGUUAUCAAGUGCAAGUGAACCCGUCGGGAGGCGGUAAUCGUUCAAGUUGGCGAAGGCACGUAGGGGUAUGAUAAAAGAGAAGGAGAAGGGUGGCGGUGCCCGCCUGAAGGACGAGCCCAAUGACCCUGCCGAGCCUGGCCAUGGCUCGCGGCCGCCGUCAGCGUCACUUCCAACGCCUGCGGCUCUGAAGAAGGAGCCCGACGAGCCCCCGCACCGGGUAAAGAUGGAGCCACACAGCCAGUCCGGCGAAGACAACACCGCGGAAAUGGGCGUCGAUGGCAUCAAGACAGAGAUAGACGGCCUCAUGGACAGUGAUGGUGACCCCACGAAAUCUCCGUCCUGUGAGCUGGGAGGGCCUGGAUCACUCAAAUCGGAACGGCUCUCCUCAGACUCCAAUGAUAUUCUGGACCCACAGACUGGCCUAAGAGGACCCUCCAGUAAUCUACAGGACGGCAAUCAGAAUUGCCGCAACCCCAACGUGGGCCCCGAGAUGGGGUCGUGCCGCAUGGGGGGUGGGAGUGGACCCAUGGGCCCCGGUGUCUCCAUGGGACCCAUGUCGGCCAGCGAGGCCCAAACCCUGCCGUCAAACGUAAUCAGCAAACAGGCCGGCAGUAUGGAGCAAAGCCAGAUCUUCGUGUUCUCGACUAGUCUGGCCAACAAAGGCGCAGACGCGGUACUGUCGGGCCAGCAUCACUCAAUCAUAGCGUAUCACUGCGCUCAACCCGGAACUAAGAAGUAUUUGGAGGCAUUUUUACAGAAACAUCCUCUCAAAAUGGGUCAGUUCAACAAACAGAAUCCGGCGCAGUGGCUCAAUAAUCUCGCUAUGGCUAAAUCCAGGGGCGGGAUGAGGGGCGGGCCUAACAUGAUGGGGGGCCCGAACCAAAUGGGACACAUGAUGGGUGUGCCAAUGGGGGGUAACAUGGGGCCGAUGGGUCAUGGAAUGGGGCACAUGGGGCCGAAUAUGAUGGGGCCAAGUAGAAUGGGUGCGCCUAAUCAGAUGAUGAUGAUGAAGGGUGGGCCCGGACAGAUGGGCCAGAUGGGGCCGGGGAUGGCCCCCAUGGAUGGGUUUCCGGGGGGCACCCCGUCCUGUGGUGUCAUGGACGGCCUCGGUGCUGAUGGUGAAAUGCCCUGGGACACCAAAAACCCCUCAGUAAUGUCGAACGGCAUGUCGAACGGGCCCGGAAUGCCCCCGUGCUCGGAAGCGGGCCCCGACCCUGCGCCCGGCCCUGCCGAGCCGGCCCCUGACCAACCCUGCCAGACGGGGCCGAAAGGCGUUAAAAUUCCCGAUGAAAACUUAACACCCCAACAAAGAGCGCAUAGGGAAGAGCAACUGGCGACAAUACGCAAAAUGCAACAAAUGUUAUUCCCCGAAAGUGGGGGGCAAGGCUCAGGGGAGGGGCAACCCCCUGACAUUAAUCCCCCUAAUUCUGCAGGAAACAUGAACAUGCCUUACCCUCCAAUGUCCAUGGGUCCAAACGGUCCUAUGGGCUCAAACGGCCCCAUGGUUUCCAUGUCAAAUAGCAUGAACUCUGGACCGAGUUGCACCAUGUCAGGACCUAUGCCCAUGAAUCCUAUGGGACCCAAUGGACCAAUGGGAGGACCCAUGGGUGGUCCCAUGGGCGGCAUGGGGCCUAAUAUGAUGGGCGGACAUGGUUCCAUGGGGCCGAACGGAAUGAUGGGCCCCAAUGGCCCCAUGAUGGGAGGAAUGGGACCGAAUGGACCAAUGGGCCCUAUGGGACCGUGCGGCAUGAAAGGAAUAAGGGGUUCUUGUGGAGGUCCAGACAUGAAGGGCGGUAUGUGUACAGAUAUGCACAUGGGGAGGGGAUGCGGUGGACCUAUGGGGCGAAUGCCGAAUCCAAUGGGAGGGAUGGGCGGUCCGAAACCUUGCAUGAUGGGCGGACCACACAUGGGGCCCAGGAUGAUGCCGGGGCCUAAUCUCAAUGCGAUGAACGGCGGUAUUAUGAUGGACGGAAACAUGAUGGGAGGCAUGGUGCACGGAGAAUGCGGCCCUGACCAUCAUGGCAUGCCGGUCAAUGGGCCCAUGUGUGACGAGUAUGGACGUGGGAGAAACAUGGGCCCCGGCGACCCCGGUGGGCUGGGUCCGGGCGUGGGCCCCGGGAUGGGCCACAAGCCGGGCCUGCGCAGCCCCAAGAGCCCCGCCAACGCCGACAUCGACUGGCAGAAGAUCCACAACCAGUUCUUCGACGACCCAAAGUCGAUGGACAACGAUUUAAGUACACAAGUGAAAUCUCCCUGUUCAGAAAGAGGGGGUUGUCUGCCCCCACCACCUUACGGGGCCUCACCGUUACACCGAUCCGCCUCUGUGCCUAUAGCGACGCAGUCCCCCGGUCACGGCUCAGUCCAAAUGCCGAUGUCGGCGGACGCGUCGCGAGCCAACUCCGGCCUCAGUAGCCCCGCGCAGUCUCACUGCAAACCGCCGCAAACGAAACAGGACGCUCCAGAGAUAUUAGAGAAACUCGAUGACGGAGUGUUUGUGCGCACCCUCCAAUGUUUGGCGGCGCAGCAACAGAAGAACCAACAGUCGCACAAGGAGCCCAGUUUGAUGCCCGUACCGUCCCCGCAGCAAAUAUCGUACCUCAAUCAGUUUGAAGGUCAAGAGUUGACGAUACAGAAACAGCCCAAUACAUCGUUAAAAGACAACGGGCCGCCUUCGAAUAGUGGAGGGCAGACGCCACAGUCAAAUUCCAACCAGAAAUCACCGGCCGGCAUGAUGCCGGGCACGCCGGAGCCCCAUAUGUCAUUAUCGGAGCAGCGAGCGGGCAGGUUCUCGCUCGAGCAGAGUCCCGGGUUCAACAACCCUCAGACGCCAACCUCAGUCGCUAGCACUAAGUGUGGACAGGACGAGAAGUCCCGACCCAGCCCGUCAUCAAACCGGUCGAGUCAAGAGAGUGCCUCGAAAACCCCUCAACGCUCCCCCCUCAGCCAGGGGCCUUACGCUCCCCCCUCCAAUGCCUGCAACAAGAACAGCUGCAGCCAGUCCAGCACCAGCACCACCAACACCAUGGACGACUCCAUACCCACUUCUGAGGCGACGCUAUCGGGGGGCCCGAACAGCACGACUCUCCCCGGGCCAUUCCCCACCGCUUGCAGCAUGAGUCGGCCUGACAACAUCCCCAUCAAUCCCAACCAGGGCCCCGGCGGGCCAAUGGCCCCGUCGUCCUCCUUCGACCCGAUCUCCUCGCUGGCCCAAAUGUCCCAGCAACUGACCAACUCCGUCGGGGGCCCGGGCCCAGCGGGGCCCAUGCAGGGCCCGCCCGGGGCCAUGGGCCCGUUUGGAGGAGCCCCACACCAUAUGCAGCACCAUCACAAUAUGCAUCCCCAUUCGCAUCCUCAUAUGAUGAUGAAUGAAUUAGGUAACUCACGCUGCCAUAUGGACAACAUGGGUGGUCCCGGCAUGGGAGGCCCCAUGGAAGGAAUGAUGGGUGGUGGAGAUUUCCCUCCUGACAUGAACCUCAGCCCCAAGAUGUCGGGCCCCAUGGGCGGGCCGAUGGGACCCAUGGGGCCCGACCCCGCCAUCAUGGGGCCCCGGAUGCCCCCCGGCCCCGGGAAAAUGCCCCCAUUCAACGGAGCCAACGUCCAAGUGAAAGCCAGUGCCCCGAACACAAUCCAAUACCUGCCUACGAGGCCGCAAAUGGCCUGCAAUUCCGGCCCCAGGGGACCCCCCAGUUUAGACUUUUUGCAACGCGUCACGAAUCCAAUGCAAAUGGAGGGGAAAGGAGUGCAAUACUUCCCCAGAGGCAUGGAUGAGAACAGCAUGCGGGGCGUCAUGAGGCCCCCAGGAAUGCUAAGAAUGCAUUACCCGGCCGGCUUCAAUUCUCCCCCGAAAAUGGCAGACCCUUUCCAACCCAACCCCAUGUGCGGACCUAACUUCAGAGGAGUGAAAUCGGGAAUGGGCCAAGUCCGGAUGGCGGGACAGCCUCUCCCCCCUUCGAUGGGCGGUCCCGGGCCCGGUUUCAAGGGCCAGGGCUUUGCAGUACCAUCAACGGCGGACCCCAAUUACGCGGCGCAGUUCCACAAUUUCCAGCAACAAUUGUACGCGACGGGAAGCAGGGCGCCGCAGGGCUAUCCGCCCUAUCAGCCGCCCAAGUGAUGCCGAGUGAACUAUGAACUCUCACCAAGGACGUACUUAACCGACCACCCAGUGACGCAAGAUCGAAUAUUAUGUUAGUGACUCAGCCCGUGAUCCCUCUAUCCCCAAAUCCCAAACCCGCUAAACCGAGGACUUUAUCCCCCCCUUGUUUAUUAACGAAGAGUUUGAAACUGUAGCUGUUGUGCAACGUUUUGUUCGGUUCGGUUACUCAAAUGACAAUUGCGAUUCGAUGACCAGUGACAAAAUACGGCGGAACUGUAAAGGUUUGUUUCUCGUUUGUUAAUUGCGGGGGGGUGUGUGUUUUGUACAAAUCGUACGAAGAGAUUUUUUAUUAGACGUCGCGACGUCGAUGUUUUGAACAGAAGUACAGUUUUAGACGUAUUUGUAUUUUUUUUUGCUUGUAUGGCAAUAAAUUAGUAUGUAGAUGGUUUUUUUUUUUGUUUUUUACGUGCAGACAUGCCAGAGUAUCAGUGUAUCGGUUCCUUUACUUAGCUAUUUUUUUAUGUACGAUUCCUAUGCACACAGAUAUCUAGUCAAUUUUGAAAUUAAUGGAGCCCAAUUCCUGUGUUAAAUGUGUAAACCUUACGUUUGAAUCCGCUGUUCGGUAUUUUUUUGUUUAAUAUAUAUGCAGAAGUACAUAAUUUUAAUAAUAAUACAAUGUCCAUUUUUUUAGUUUUAGAUUAAUUAAAUCUAAUUAGUUAAAUUGGUCUAAUAUAAUGUUUUUUUUUGGCGUUUACGGCCAGUACGACUUGAAAUUAACAUGUAACCGUCUUAUCAACUAUUAUAUUUAAUUUUAAUGUUCUUCAGUUUCACGAUCUGAUAGCAAUGUUAUUUCUGUCUUCCAAUACCUUAAAGUAAUGCAAUAAGUGGUAACACCGCGUGUGUGUUUGCGAGACAGAGGGUUCUAGGUUCGCGACUUCUUAUAGGUCUAUACUUUUAAACUAAUGUGAGAAAAAAAGAACGUACUUAAAAUCUGAUGCCAUAUUAUUUGCCACAUGAAUUUAAUUUCGUGAUAUUGUAAACUAUCUAUUUAAUUUAUUGUUGUCUAUUGAAUCUGUACGAACAAUGCCAAUUUGCAAACGCAACACUAUUGUUUACGUUACGUCGUAGUACAUAGGGCAUAUUAAUAUGCUAGGCUAGUAGUCGCACUUGGAUGUCGCAGUGGCCUUCGAUUUGUAAUGCCUUGUUUGAAAGCAAUUUUAAAAAAAUAACCCCGGCGAAGACGCCAGCACAGUACUCGUACUGACUGCUCGAGUCGACAUAGAAUUACUGCCCAUUUGACGCGAGCCCGCGCGUUUCUGUUAAUCCUACCUUUCUUUACCUGCUAGUGUGUUGGAAGUUUUCUUGUUUUUUCCUUAAUGAUAAUGUCAAAUUGGCAGAUAUUUCUAUUACUCUAGCAAGUGUUAACUGCUGCCGGUUAUAAGUUUGCCGCGGUCUAGUGCGGCCACCGUUAUUGCGCAGAUCAAAACUUGUACAGUACCGAAGGAACGGAUCAAGCAAUUGGCGGGCUUUGGGCCGCACGCAGACCGCCAAAACUAUAUUCUCGAGAUUACGAAGGGCGUGGCAAUUCGUGGAUAAACAGCACACAAGUCCAGAAUAAAAACACCCGCUAGCAAUUAGAUAGUCUUAAUUUAAUUGUAAUUAUAAUUGUAAGGUAAAGAAUGGUUCUUGUUUUAGGUUAAGCGAAGAGCAAUGAUAUAAAAUAGUUUGUGUAAUAUUUGAUAAGAGAUGAAAUUAAGAUGCAAACUAUUGGUUGUGAUUCUUGACACAAUUUGUUAAGUUGUUCGUAGAUAUGUCACACAGAGAAUUGUGGAACUUACUGACUCACGAUAAGGCCCUUUUUUAAUUUUUUUUUUGUUUUUUGGAUAUUUUUACUUGUCGUUCUCGUUUGUAGAUCGCUAACAAUAAUUGUACAGAGUACUUUUGGACUUAAUUUAAGGCAAUAAAUGUAUUUAUUUUAUAAAUCGUGAUGUAAGAAUUUAUUCUUAAUUAUUAUAAAAAAAUAUAUGAUAUGCUUGUAAAGACA